AUGGUAGAGCCUUCAUACCCGAGGAACGAGCUCGUCUCAGAGCUCACGUCUUACUAUGAAUUCCUGACGCAGCUCUACCUGCCCCCUGAAGUCGGUGGCUGGAAGCAUAUCACACCCGAGUUCGUUGACUCCUUCUGCCUCGGCAAGAACGACACCGUAGCGGACCUAAUGAAGCAUAUUCCCUACGUCCGCCGCACUAAGGAGGACGACUGGGAGCCGUGGAUGGUAUAUGAGAGCGCCACUGCUGUCGACUUUACUGGUGACCUUGUCCUGAGCCUGCCUACUAAGUACGCUAACGAGUUCCUCUUUGAGCCUGAGGGGGGCCACAUUUCGGACAUCCCGCCCCAUGUGUUUGUUUAUGCAACUAUUCCCUCUGGCCGCGACGGUCAUUAUAUCUUUAUUGACACAAAGCGCGGCACAAUUGUCCUCGCAGAUCCGCAGACCGGUCCAAACCCGACCAGAUUAUCAGAUCCUGAAGCGCCGGAUGAAGAAGCCUGGCGCAGGUUAGAGACCUAUACGUUUCACGAGUUCUUCGCUAUGGUCAAGGAAAAGUUCAGGAAGUUUGAGGUACGCGAAGAGAACGUCUUCACGGAACGUUACAACAGGGAGAGGUGUAUGGACAGACUGGACGAGUACCAGAAGCAGAAGGAUCGGGCGAAUCGGGAGGCUCGAGGAGAGAAAGAGCUGCCGAUGCCUCCCCCCGAGACAUACCUAUGA